GAUGGAGAGGUGGAUGCUGAAGAACUGCAAAGGUGUUUAACACAGACUGGGGUACAUGGGACAUACAAACCUUUCAGUUUAGAGACCUGCAGAAUCAUGAUCGCCAUGUUGGAUAGAGAUAUGACUGGGAAAAUGGGCUUCAAUGAGUUCAAAGAGCUGUGGGUAGCGUUGAACGGUUGGAAACAGAACUUCAUGAUGUACGACCAGGACAAGAGUGGGACUGUGGAGCCUCUGGAGCUUGGCCAAGCGAUCGUAUCAAUGGGAUACCGGCUAAGUCCUCAAGCUAUCAGUGGGAUUAUAAAACGCUACUGCAAGGACGGAAAGACUUAUUUUGAUGACUAUGUUGCCUGCUGUGUGAAAUUAAGAGCAGUUACAGAUGCUUUCAGACGAAGAGACAGUCUGCAGCAAGGCUAUGUGAAUUUUGGCUAUGAUGAUUUUAUCCAAUGCACCAUGUCCAUUUAAGCACCAAGUGGCAGCCGCUAUUCAGAGACUGAUGAUGGAUUGAAACCAGUGAUUUAUAUUGCUCUGAGGAGAGACGGAACCUGCUCAAACUGCAUACUCGUUUAGUCGUUUUGUACAUUUUUCUUUUUUUAUGUAAAAUAAAAAAGGAAGUGGGAUUUUAUGAUGUGUACACAAUUUGUUAUGCUGUCACUUGCCAAAUUGCUUUUACUAGCUUGCACCAUAUUAGUUUACAGGUAAAUAGCUUUGCUGCUGUUGCACCUCUAGGAAUUUUGUGUAGUUUAUUACAAACGUUUUAGGUUUUUAGAUGCCAACUAUUACUGUAGUGUAUGAUGUAACCAAAUUAAUAUGAAUCAAUUUUGUGAACAAAACGUCACUUUGCAUUUGACUGGCACUUCCAUUUGCAGUUUUUUUAAAAAAUCAAUUUUAUAUUUUUUCCACAUUUUCAUACUGCUUUUUCACCAUGUAAUGAGAAUCUUUUCCUUUCUAGUUAAUGCUGGAUACAUUGUCAUUGCAAUAAAAUAAAAUU